UUUUACUUUUUCUUUUUGCUUGCAGUGGGUUAGCAGCCAGACAUCUUCAUCAAGAUGGGGGACAUGUUCCGCAGUGAGGAAAUGGCACUGUGCCAAAUGUUCAUACAACCGGAGGCUGCCUACACUUCUGUCUCGGAAUUGGGCGAGACUGGUUGUGUGCAGUUUCGUGAUCUGAACAGCAAUGUCAAUGCAUUCCAGCGCAAAUUCGUUACCGAGGUGCGCCGUUGCGAUGAGCUCGAACGCAAAAUACGUUACAUUGAGGCUGAAAUCAAGAAGGAUGGCAUUGUGUUGCAAGACAUUCUUGACGACAUUCCACGCGCCCCCAAUCCACGCGAGAUCAUCGAUCUAGAAGCUCAUUUGGAGAAAACCGAAAAUGAAAUCCUCGAGUUGGCCCAAAAUGAGGUUAAUCUCAAGUCGAACUACUUGGAAUUGACCGAAUUGCGUAAGGUGCUCGAGAAUACGCAAGGUUUCUUUUCCGAUCAGGAGGUGCUCAACUUGGACUCAAGCAAUCGCGGUCCGAAUGCCGUUGAGGAAGUCGCCCCACAAAAUCGUGGCCGCUUGGGUUUCGUUGCGGGCGUGAUCAAUCGCGAGCGUGUAUUUGCGUUCGAGCGCAUGCUUUGGCGUAUUUCACGUGGCAACGUUUUCCUAAAACGUUCCGAUUUGGAUGACCCACUCAACGAUCCCGCAACUGGCCAUCCAAUCUAUAAGACCGUUUUUGUUGCCUUCUUCCAAGGUGAGCAGCUCAAGAAUCGCAUUAAGAAGGUGUGUACUGGCUUCCAUGCGUCCAUGUAUCCAUGCCCCAGUUCGCAUACCGAGCGCGAAGAGAUGGUCAAGGGUGUGCGUACACGUUUGGAAGAUCUGAAGCUGGUCCUCAGCCAGACCGAAGACCAUCGUAGUCGUGUGUUGGCCACCGUAUCAAAGAACUUGCCAUCUUGGUCGAUUAUGGUAAAGAAGAUGAAGGCUAUCUACCACACGCUAAACUUGUUCAACAUGGAUGUCACGAAGAAGUGUCUGAUCGGCGAGUGCUGGGUGCCAACCAAGGAUUUGCCCGUUGUGCAGAAAGCCUUGUCGGAUGGCUCAGCUGCCGUGGGCAGUACUAUACCGUCGUUCUUGAAUGUGAUUGACACCAACGAACAGCCACCAACAUUCAAUCGUACAAAUAAAUUCACACGCGGUUUCCAGACCUUGAUUGAUGCUUAUGGUGUGGCCUCCUACCGGGAGGCUAACCCGGCUUUGUAUACAUGCAUCACUUUCCCAUUUUUAUUCGCUGUGAUGUUCGGCGAUUUGGGUCAUGGCGUGAUUUUGACAUUAUUCGGCGGCUGGAUGGUGUUGUACGAGAAGGGCUUACAAAGGAAGAAGGGAGGCGAAAUCUGGAACAUUUUCUUUGGCGGACGUUACAUAAUACUUUUAAUGGGCCUGUUCUCUUGCUACACCGGCUUCAUCUACAAUGAUAUUUUCUCAAAAUCGAUGAACAUCUUCGGAUCUACAUGGAAAGUGCGAUACAAUACAUCAACCGUACUUGAAAACCCAUCAUUGCAUUUGUCACCAAACUACAGCACCUAUGGGGUUUAUCCUGUGGGCUUAGAUCCAAUUUGGCAGUUAGCCGGUAACAAGAUCAUUUUCUUAAACACCUACAAAAUGAAACUAUCCAUCAUUGUGGGAGUGUCGCACAUGAUUUUUGGUGUCUGCAUGUCCGUGGUGAACUUUGUACACUUCAAACGUUAUGCCAGUAUAGUCUUGGAAUUCCUGCCCCAAAUUCUCUUUCUGCUCCUGCUCUUCGGAUACAUGGUAUUCAUGAUGUUCUUCAAAUGGAUAAAAUACAACCCGAAGACCUCCAUCCAAGCGGAUACGCCUGGCUGUGCCCCAUCCGUGUUGAUUAUGUUCAUCAAUAUGAUGUUGUUCAAGAAUACGCCCGCACCAGAAGGCUGCAAUGAGUUCAUGUUCUCCGCCCAGCCGACCGUUCAGCAGUUGUUCGUCUAUAUCGGUUUACUCUGUAUACCCUGGAUGUUGUUCGGCAAGCCGCUGUUCAUUAAAUUCACACGCAAAAAUAAAGUGCACGUCAAACACAAUGGCGAUUUAACCGGCAAUAUCGAACUUGCCGAGGGCGAAACCCCAAUACCAACAAGCCUCGAUGACGCCAAUCCCAGUGGCGGUGAACACGAGGAAGAACCGAUGAGUGAAAUCUACAUUCACCAGGCCAUUCAUACCAUUGAAUAUGUGCUCAGUACCAUUUCACAUACGGCCUCGUAUUUGCGCUUGUGGGCUUUGUCGUUGGCUCAUGCACAACUGUCCGAGGUCUUGUGGAACAUGGUGUUAUCAAUGGGCCUGAAGAGCUCAAGCUAUACUGGUGCCAUCGCCUUGUAUUUCAUCUUUGGCGCCUGGUGUUUGUUCACCCUGGCCAUCUUGGUCAUGAUGGAAGGUCUUUCGGCUUUCUUGCACACACUGCGUUUGCAUUGGGUGGAAUUCAUGAGCAAAUUCUACGAAGGCUUGGGCUAUGCCUUCCAACCGUUCAGUUUCAAAGCAAUAUUAGACGGCGAAGAGGAAGAAUAAACGAAAGACGUCCUCCUCCGAAAUUCCUACAUAUGUACUCGCUUAUUUAAUGCGAUAUCAGUAUUGUGGUACUCUUCCCACUUUCACUUUAAAGUGCCUUACAUUUAGUUUUGUGUCUUUUGGUUUCAUGUCCGUCCGUGUUAUGUUUAUAUCAGAACUUAUCUAAUUGAUUUUUUGUUUAAAUGUGUAUCAUUGAUGCAUCAUAAAUUGCUUGCAUUUUCUUAAAAAUCAUAAAAUAAAAAAACGUUUGUUAGUGUUGCGCGUUAAUUUUGCGAAUUACUAAAUCGAAAUGCAAAUAAUUUAUGUUGUAGACAUGUACCUAAGUUCGAUAUUAUUGUUUAAUAAAGUUUUUAGAAGAGAUUAAAGCAAGAAAACUGCUAAUAGUGUUU